GCGUACUGUGGACGGUGCCAUAGUCUUGACAAAGAGAAACAAACUAAACGGUUUAAGAUUAUCGCGAGAUUCGCCGGUAAAAUAUAAAUUCAUUUUUUGACUGAAGUUGUCCAAAGGGUCCUGGUUACUUGAAAGAAACGAAAGAUAACGAAUAAAACAAUUGUCGUGUAAUUGCAGGUACGCUUGUAUAAGAUGACGGUAAACCUACGUUACUAUAAUUAUAUUUUGUUGUAUUCGUUAUAUUGUAUUUAUUUUCUUCUCAUUUAUGAGCAGACUGAGAAAGAUAGCGGUUUUUUUGAGCUAGCAACCGCCUUUUUCUUUCUUCAGAUUGUACGUACGAGCGGACAUUUUCUAACUAAUCAAUUACUCAUUUUUUUCACGCACAAUAGAAUAUCUCUACAUGCAUUUAAACUGAAAGCAAAUGGCUUUCAUCGACAAAAAGAAUGAACGAACAAUAACAUUCUCAGACUGAUUGUGUCUCACAACUGAGAACAAAAUAUACCGUAAUUCAUUCAUUACCGAAAAAAAAUUAAAAGCUUCAGAUAAAGUGUUAAUUACGUUACAAACAAGGACUGCGUGGCAGGUGUGCAGUAUUGACAUCAUAGCCUCGUACGCAGACAUUCUUUUGACUCGUCACGCACUCCACCGAGAAAGAAAUGCGUGGGUUAACACAUUGACGUCACUAGGUAAGCGCCUACAAAUUUGCAUACUGAUUUGUUUGUUUCCACCUAGAAACGUGAAAUAAAAGGUUUGUUACCACGAGUACGCGACGAAACGACAGCAAUCUCGACAAAUAUCACAUUUAAUUACCUCUAUCCGGAAUUUAACAUUUGCGGGACAGUCUCCGCUGAUUUCCUAUUCAACACGAGGCGAUGUCUUUGAUAAUUUGACCUUAUCCAGUUCGCAUCACAGAAACUGCGAACGACGAGCGACAAUUCAGUUGAGGUCUCAGUUCAUAUCGUUCGUAUGGCCGAUCAGUGAACCUGGGAGCACCAUCACUAUGGGUUCUGGCGCAUCGAAAAAACUCAUAAUCGUAGAGCCGCAAGCUGACGUGACGCCAUUUUCCAGCCAUCAAGAAUAUCCAGUACACAUUACUCCUCAACCAAGGAUGUCGCAAGAACAGUGGUUGAAUCACGACAGGGAACACGAGAGAAACAAGGAGAGUUCAUAUCCAGGAAACGUUGAAUGGGAUGUGUCACACACAGACACGCUUACCAGAUACAAGAUGAACUACCCAAAGCAAGCAGAUGAUUUUCAAACAAUGUUUGAGAACAUGCAAGUGUUACGAAACACUAUUAACAACAAUUCAAAAGGACGAGAUCUGUAUUCCAAGUUGGUGGGCGAGACGGUUGAUAGCUUAGGCACAACAAGCUACAGCACCUAUACCUCAGCAGGGUCACACGUGGCCACCGACUACAACAGAAUCGUGGACUUUGCGGUGGAAAUCGAAGGAGCAGAGCUGUUGCAAAGGUUCGCUCAGAAUUGCUUCAACGAUUUCUACGAGAUGGGCGGUGAAUUGGACGAUGAUAACAGCUCCUCGGAAGAUGAAUCGUGGGAAUUUACUUGUUUUGAUUGUCUACAACAAGUGCUAGCAACGAUACAAAACUUUGCAGACUUUCACGACGGCUUUUGUUCGGCAAGUGGCCAAGCGGGAGUAGUCCCAAUGUGCCUUGAAAACAUCGUAAGACUCGAUCGCGAAAAUGACAAUUGGCAAAGUGGAGACGAUGAAUCGGAGCCGCUUCAGCUUAUUGAUACCUGCCUUGGAAUUUUGCAUAACAUUUCGCGACGGCUGAGAGAUCGCGAGUUGUUUGCUGACAGCGAGAAAACAUUGCUUUAUUUUGCCAAGGUUAAGAACACAGGAGUUGCUGCUACAGCCCUACUUUGCCUUGCUUACCUGGUAAAUGAAGACACCAACCAUCUAAUUUCAGCAGAUGAAAACUUGCUUUGCUUUAUUAUCACAAUGUUAAACGAAGCGUAUCAGUCUGAGGACCGCAGAUGCGAUGGAUAUUCCGCAAAAGAACUUGCAGAAGGUCUGAGUCACCUUGCCAUCAACGAUAACAAUAAGAAGACUCUGGGCCAAAAUGGAGCGAUUCGUGUAUUAACUGCGAUUCUCCAAACUUCAAACGAUGACGAGGAAACAGCGAGCGGGGCAAGGGCUCUCUGGAUGUUAGCUUUCGACGACACCAAUAAAGAUGAAAUAAGACAACACGAAGGAACGUUGGAUACAUUACGCGCGUUACACCACAGUGCAAACCCUGAAGUACAAAAGGCAGCCGCAGGGGCAUUAUGGGAGAUUGAAGGAAAGAAGGCAAGGAACAACGCCGACAAGACUGAAGAGACCACUGGAAAUCACGUGAUGAUCAGCUACCAAUGGGAUGCUCAGGAGCUGUUAGUGGAAGUGAAGAACAAGCUUCAGAAGAGUGGAUACCGAGUAUGGAUGGAUUUGGAGCAAAUGGGUGGCUCCACACUGGAAGCGAUGGCCAAAGCUGUCGAGAACGCUGCUGUUGUACUGGUCUGCGUGUCACAGCGCUACAAAGAAAGUCCUAACUGUCGAUCAGAAGCUGAAUACGCUUAUCAGCUGAGAAAAGAUAUCAUUCCUAUGAUGAUGCAACGCAAUUACAAGGCAGAUGGCUGGUUGGGAAUGCUUGUGGGAACAAAGCUGUGGAUUGAUUUUCAGAGUAAGCAGAUUAUUGAUUCAGGUGUAGGAAAACUUAUCAAAGAGUUAGGAGGGAGAGGAAAAGAUCUUGACACGACAGAUGGGCCUGGAGAAGCACUGAUUCGACUAACUGAAGCAAGUGUUGUCACAGCACCACCCCCACAGUCAGUGACCAAUGUGUCCACAUGGACAAAUCAAGACGUCAAAAAAUGGCUGACGGAGAUUGGAUUGGAACAAGUGUGCAAAGAGGAUAUUUCCGAGUUCAAUGGUCAAACACUGAUUGAUAUUCACGAGCUCCGCGGAGAAUGUCCGGAGUAUUUCUACAAGUGUCUAGAACACACUCUAAACUUGAAGAACAUGUUUCAUCUAUUCAAGUUCAGGAAAGAGCUCGACAAACUUCUAAGUCAUUAACUAAGAUUAACUGCUUGGCGGGUCGAUACAUUGCUAGUAUCCUUGCUUGUAUCUUUUGCAACCUUUGUUUGAAGUGUAACGCAACGCUGCGUGACCAGUGAAGAGGAGCGUUACAGACGAUUCAAAUAACGCGGAGUAGUAUCUAAUUUCCAGAAUUAGUUGUUGCGAAGAUAACUGAGUGGUUUCGUCUUGUACCACUGCUGAGUCACUUGAACAUAAUUUAGAAUGAAGACUGCAUCGUAGCAAACUGAACAUAAACUUGUCGAGAGUCGCAAAUGGUGAAACGUUGAUCAGUUAGCUACGAACAUAAACGUGUCCUUAGAUUUGUACCAGUAGCAACUUACAUUUAUCUUAUGUAUUCGAAUAAUAUGGGUUUGAUAUAACGCAUAUCUACGCCGUUUGUGAAUUCUGGCAGUAUUCCCGGUUAUAUCGGUUGCUAUCAAAAACGCAUAAAAACCCUACAUAAUACCCCUGGGGGGAGGUACACUGCGGGAAAAAAGAGACGGGAGGGUGAGAGCGAAGUCAAAAGCUAACGGCCAAAGAGCACUCACACCCACCUCUCCCCUGAAAAAACAAUAUCAAAUUUCAUAAAACAAUUUUUAAAUCUCAAAAUUUAACAGAACUAGUUACUUCUGUGUAGGCAUUGUCAAACUCAUAUUGUGUUAUAUUUGCUAUCUUCUUAAUUAUGAACAGACAGAGAAAGAUGGCAGUUUUUUACUUGUUAUUUCGAGUUCCCAGUUUAAUAAAUAAAAUUCAGUAAUCGUGA